GCAGAGCAGCAUCCUGUGACAAUUUGAUGUUAAAAUUAUUCAUGUUGAUAAAGGGAUAAUUAAUGAUCAGAAUACAUGGGCAACUCAUUCGAUGCAGUGAGAAGAUAUGACUCUGCAGGUACUUUGGGCUCAGAUCUGGAAAUUGUGGGGAGAAUUUUCUGGCUUAUGCUGUGCAGGAGGUGUGGAGAGAGGAUUUCUGUGGGCCUUAAAAUCUGGAACUUCUGGAAUUGACACUCAGUGUUGCUAUGAAUGCUUUGUGUCUGAAAUCAGUGUUCUCACAUGCAUCAGUUUCUGUGCCGGGGUGCGAAGCACAAGAUUCUCAUUUCUGUGAUUCUUCUCUAAGAAGAAAAAUAAUUUUAUGUAAGCAUGGAGUGAUGGAUGGCUGCAUUUAUACUUCAUUGCUGAUGACAUGAGCAUGAUUGCAGUCCUACAUGUGUUUUCAUGCCAGGAUUGAGCCUCAGAGUGGGAAGUCUUCAGCAGUUUAUCUUGAAUGCCAACCAGAGGGACCUUGACUGGCUUGAGAGGUGGGCCCAUGCAAGCCACAUGAAGUGCAACAAGUCCAAGUGCAAGGGUCUGCACAUGGGUCUGGGCAAUCCCAAGCACAAAUACAGGCUGGGUGAUGAAGGGAUUGAGAGCUGCCCUGACAAGAAGGACUUGGAGGUCUUGGUUGAUGAGAAGUUCACCAUGACUCAGGAAUGUACACUUGCAGCAGAGAAACCCAACUUUGUCCUGAACUUCAAAAGAAGCAUGACCAGCCAGUCGAAGGUGAUUCUGCUCCUCUACUCUGCUCUCGUGAGACCCCACCUGGAGUAUUGCAUGCAGCUGUGAGGCCCCCACCAUAAGAAGGACGUAGCUCUGUUGGAGCAAGUCUGGAUGAGGGCUACGAAGAUUAUCAGAGGGCUGGAGCACCUUUCCUAUGAAGACAGGCUGAGAGAGUUGGGGUUUUUCAGCCUGGAGAAGAGAAGUCUCUGGGCACAUCUUAUAGCAGCCUUUGAGUACCUAAAGAGGACCUUCAGGAAAGCUGGAGAUGGACUUUUUACAAGGGCAUGUAGUGACAGGACAAAGAGUGAUGGCUUUAAACUGAAAGAGGGUAGAUUUAGGUUAGACAUAUGGAUGAAAUUCUUCACUAUGAGGGUGGUGAGGCACUGGAACAGGCUGCCCAGAGAAGCUGUCAAUGCCCCAUCCCUGAAGGUGUUCAAGGCCAGAUUGCAGGGGGCUUUGAGCAACCUGGUCUAGUGGAAGGUGUCCCUGCCCAUGGCAGGGGGUUUGGAACCAGGUGAUCUUUAAGGUCCCUUCCAACCCAAACCAUUCUAUGAGUCUAUGAAUAGGUUUCUAGCAUCAGUAGGUCAAGGAAAAGAGCUAUCUGCAUUGCUGUGAGCUUGUAACAAAAGAAUAAAUGUCAAAGAGCAAAUAAGAUCUAGAAAAUUGUGUCUGUGACACAAGGGGGCUCAAACAAAAUCUUAUGAUUUAUAUUUCUUUUUAAGGAGUGAUUAGUUUGUGAUUUUGUUUUAGGUAAGAAAAGGGAGGAAAUCUUAAUACUGCAACCCUAGAGAGGUGCCUCCCCAUGGAAAGCAAAAGGCUCUGUUCUGUAUUCCUUUAGUGAAGCAAGUCUGGUUGUAGCAAAUGAAGCUACUUACAUAAAGUUUGCAAACUCACUAGCAAGACCUCUAUAUGAAAAUGUGCUGCUGGGGAGAUUGCCAGGGCCUGCUGUUUGACUGACAGUCUCUGGGAUGAAAAGCUGAUAGACGGUUUAGGGAACAGAGCCUGCAGAGUCUGCUGACUGCUGGUUGAGACAUGCUCCUCAUCUUGGGUUCAGGCACCUGGAGUUAAUGAUAAAAUAGCCUUUUCCCUCUUGUUAUCCUCUUCAUCUGAAAGAGUGUUACCGUCACUGUGUGAAGUGUGUCAAUCUCCAAGAGCAGUGACUCAGUGGCACGUGGCACAGCUGUGACUCCAGAACAGGACUUUUCAGCUGGUCCCCAGGAACUGGAGCUGUCUGGUUGACUCCUAUGAUGUGACUGUGGAAGAAGACCUUGGAGAAAUUCAGCUAAUAAAAAUUGAGAAAAGAAAAUAUUGGUACCAAGAUGACUGGUACCUGAAGUACAUCACUGUGAAAACGCCAAUGGGUGACUAUUUGGAGUUCCCAUGUUACCGUUGGAUUACAGAUGAAAAAGAGAUUGUCCUUCGAGAUGGAAGAGCAAAGCUCCUCCGGGAUGACAAGACCCAGAUUCUCAAGCAGCACAGACGCAAAGAGCUCGAGACUCGUCAAAAAAUGUACCGUUGGAAGGAGUGGCAUCCAGGCUUUCCCCUGAGCAUUGAUGCCCAUUCUCACAGUGAUCUGCCUCGCGACAUCCAGUUUGACAAUGAGAAAGGAAUUGACUUCAUUCUGAACUACUCUAAAGCGAUGGAGAAUCUUUAUAUCAACCGUUUCAUGCACAUGUUCCAGUCCUCCUGGAGUGACUUCGCAGAUUUUGAGAAGAUCUUUGUCAGAAUCAGCAACACAAUCUCUGAAUAUGUGAUGCAGCACUGGAAGGAAGAUUUCAUGUUUGGUUACCAGUUCCUGAAUGGGUGCAAUCCUGUGCUGAUCCGGAGAUGCACAGAGAUACCCAAGAAGUUGCCCGUGACUAUAGAUAUGGUAGAAUGCAGUCUGGAGAGGAACCUGACGCUGGAGGAGGAAGUGAAGCAAGGAAACAUUUUCAUUGUUGACUACGAGCUGCUAGAUGGUGUGGAUGCCAAUAAAACAGACCCGUGCACAAUACAGUACUUGACUGCACCCAUCUGUCUGCUGUAUAAGAAUCUGGAGAGUAAAAUUGUACCCAUUGCAAUCCAGCUUGGUCAACAGCCUGGGCCAGACAAUCCCAUAUUCCUUCCUUCAGAUGCCACAUAUGACUGGCUGCUAGCUAAAAUUUGGGUUCGCUCAUCUGAUUUCCACAUCCACCAGACAGUGACCCACCUCUUACGGACACACUUAGUCUCAGAGGUGUUCAGCAUAGCUAUGUUCCGGCAGUUGCCUGCUGUACAUCCCCUCUUCAAGCUCUUGGUGCCACACAUGAGGUUCACAAUAGCCAUCAAUACCAAAGCCCGAGAACAGCUUAUCUGUGAAUGUGGUCUUUUUGACAAGGCGAAUGCUACAGGUGGAGGAGGACAUGUACAAAUGGUGCAGAAAGCAAUGAAGGAUCUGACUUACAGCUCCCUCUGCUUCCCUGAGGAGAUCAAAGCUAGAGGGAUGGACAGCAAAGAGGAUAUCCCCUACUACUAUUAUCGUGAUGAUGGCAUUAAAGUCUGGGAGGCUAUAAAGAAUUUUGCAGAGGAUGUGAUUUGUAUCUACUAUGAGAGUGACGAGGUGGUGUGUGAGGAUGUGGAGCUCCAGGCCUUUGUCAAAGACAUUUAUGUCUACGGGAUGAGAGGUGUGAAGGCCUCAGGAUUUCCCAAAAUUAUCAGGACACGAGAGAAGCUAGCAGAAUAUCUCACAGUGAUAAUAUUCACCACAUCAGCCCAGCAUGCAGCUGUGAAUUUUGGUCAGUAUGACUGGUGUUCCUGGAUUCCCAAUGCCCCACCAACAAUGCGCUGCCCUCCUCCAACAGAAAAGGGGACAGUCACCAUCGAGCAAAUUGUGGAGAGUCUGCCAGACAGGGGACGUUCUUGUUGGCAUCUUGGAGCUGUCUGGGCCUUAAGCCAAUUCCAGGACACUGAACUCUUUCUGGGCAUGUACCCAGAUGAACACUUCGUGGAGAAGCCAGUGAAAGAGGCUAUGACAAAAUUUCGCAAGAAUCUGGAUGAGAUCGUCAGCGCCAUCACCGAGCGUAACAAGAACAAAAAACUUCCUUACUACUACCUUUCGCCAGAUCGCAUUCCCAACAGUGUUGCUGUUUGAGCAGAUGCCCAGGAGAGUUUAGAGGCAUGUAAAGCUCAUGAUGCUUUCCUGUAACAUAUGCUUCUUUUCAAUGAACUUUCAGAAAUGGAUAAAAUAAACCCACCCUCUCCAUCAGACCUGACCCAUAGUCUAUUUGAUUGUGACUGAUCUUGUGGACAAUGUCUAGUUUACAACCAUCUAGGCCAACUUUGUUACUAGUUUGUUUUUCUAAGAUUUUUUUGAUUCAAUCUUAGAAUCAAUAUCCAUGUUUCUGUUAGCUUUCCCUCUCCUGGUCAAAACAAUAUAACCACAGAUACACUUAUCUUAUUCAAUGAAAAUGAUAUCAUGAGCAAUAUGCAAGUCACGUGUUUAAAAUCUUUCCUGUUUUUAAUAGGUGACACUGAUCCUGUUUUUAAUAGAUGACACUGGUGACAUAAAAAUAUAACAUUUCAUGUUUAUGCAUUGUUUUUUGUCUGAUUAAAACAAAUGUUAAAUAUUUUCACUGCAACUGUGAAUGCCUUAAUCAGGAUGAAGGGAGAAGCAGGAUAUUUUCUUAAUAUAGCUGAUGGGUUUUUAAUACUUUCUUACCAAGUUCAUGUGAAAUGAGAUAGACUGAUUCAUACGAGACGAAAAUUUUUUACCUACAUAAACCUGUAUAUUUUCUAAAUACAAAUAGCAAGGUUUGUUUUAUCCUCUGUCAGCAGAGUUUCAUGUAAUUCACGUAUGUACGGACAUAUGGUUUACUUAGCACGACAAUGAGUACAGACCUAGCAGUGCUUGUCCCUGAUUUCUGUUUCAUUGCUGAGGCUGCUGGCUUUUUUUUGUGUACAGUUUCUUCUGUUUUGUGGGAGAUGAAGAGGCUACUUGUAUAACGAUAAAAAUUGUGGAGAACUGACAGCUUCUAAGGGGAAUCUUCAGGUCUGGCUAAUUAAGCAUAACUGGCAUGUUCCACCUUAGUUAGAAACAACUGAGUUUUGUCUGUUUUGUUUAGAGGUGAUUAGGUUCCAGUACGUGGGCUUUGGUUGAAGUUGAGAGUCAUUGAGAUAACGAAAAGCAAAAAUGAGGUUUGGGAAAUUUAAGAGUAAUAGCUUUGUUAAUAACAAUUUUGGUUUAUUUUUCCCGGGAUUUGUUCGCUGUGCUAGUUUUGCCAGCUUGCAGUCUGUUUUGACAACAGAUAAGAAAGCUUCUUGUGCUAAUAAAACAAAACUGAACAAGAA